CACACACACACACACUAGCACCACUCUCCGGAUCCCGCUGAGGUUUUUUCAAACCGUCCAAUCUCUGGACGGUGGUGGAGGAGGAGGAGGGAGACAGGGCGCCAUCUUGUUUGUUUUAGUCGGAGGAGGAGGAGGAGGUGGAAACACAGCCACCAGCAGCGGCUGGCAAAACGGGAAAAACACAGAACGGCUAACCGGCCCGACUCCCUCCCCCUUUCCCCUUUCCCUUGUGGUGAGAAGUCGCUGAGACAAUGUUUUACGCCCACUUUGUCCUCAGCAAACGUGGGCCGCUGGCCAAAAUCUGGCUGGCAGCCCACUGGGACAAGAAGCUGACCAAAGCACAUGUGUUUGAGUGCAAUCUGGAGAGCAGCGUAGAGAGCAUCAUCUCACCCAAGGUAAAAAUGGCUUUACGAACGUCAGGGCAUCUGCUGCUGGGGGUGGUGAGGAUCUACCACAGGAAGGCCAAGUACCUGCUGGCAGACUGUAACGAGGCCUUCAUCAAGAUCAAGAUGGCAUUUAGACCAGGUGUGGUGGAUCUUCCGGAGGAGAACAGAGAAGCCGCCUACAACGCUAUCACACUACCAGAGGAGUUCCACGAUUUUGACCAGCCACUGCCAGACCUCGAUGAUAUUGACGUGGCUCAGCAAUUCAACUUGAACCAAAGCAGAGUGGAGGAGAUCACCAUGAGAGAGGAGGUGGGCAACCUCAAUCUGCUGCAGGACAAUGACUUCGCUGACUUCGGGAUGGACGACCGGGAGAUGAUGCGGGAAGAGAGCGCGUUCGAGGUGGACAUCAUGGGAACAUCAGCUUCCAACCUGCUGCUGGAGGCUGAGGGCGGAGCUAACCAGAUGGCCGACAAGUCCAACCACCUGGAGUACGACGACCAGUACAAGGACGACUUCGGAGACAACCCCAUGGAGACCAAUGAGGGAGGCAUGCUGGUGGACAAGCUGCUGAGUAACGAGGAUGGAGGUGGCAUAUUCGACGACCCUCCUGCCAUCACAGAGAGUGUGAUGAUGCCUCAGGACCACGGAGACGACGACGAUGACUUUGACGCUCUUUCAGCGGGAGCCCCGGAUAGUCCAGACUCUGGCCCGACAGAGCCCCUACCAGCCAUGGCAGACCAGACAGAACAGACCACCCUGGUUCACAACGAGGAAGAAACCUUCGCCCUGGAGCCCAUAGACAUCACAGAGCUACUUUGGUUUGCACUGGUGUUUUAUCUCUGUCUGCCUGCGGCCUGUGCAGUAAAGGAGACAAAGGCAAAGCGUAAGAGGAAGCUGAUCGUGGACAGCGUGAAGGAGUUAGACAGUAAAACCAUCCGUGCACAGCUGUCUGACUACUCUGACAUUGUUACCACCCUGGACCUGGCACCCCCCACCAAGAAGCUGAUGAUGUGGAAGGAGACCGGAGGAGUCGAGAAGCUUUUCUCCUUGCCUGCUCAGCCUCUCUGGAACAUUAGGCUGCUCAAGAUGUUUACAAGGUGUCUGACACCGCUGGUCCCAGACGAGCUGAGGAAGAGGAGGAAAGGUGGAGAGGCUGACAGUCUGGAUGAGUUCCUCAAAGAUCUGGAGAAUCCAGAGGUGCCCAGAGAGGAGACUACAGGGCACCAGCAGAGGGACAUCAUGGACCAGACCAUCAUGGAGGAGGCCAGUGUGCUUCAGACUUCAGCUGUAGAGGGCAGCAGGACGACGCUGGACGAAUCAGUCAUGCCCCCACCAUCUUCCCAACGAGGCCUGAAACGCAAAUCCCAGGAAACUGAGCCUGCCCUGCCUAUGGGAGCUUUGGACCAGCAGCAGCAACAGCAGCAGCAGCAGCAGCAGCAGCAGCAGCAGCAGCAGCAACAGCAGCAACAGGGCUCCGGUGCCUGUAAUGUGCCCCAGCAGCUGGAGGCGUCGUCCAAUGUGGAUUUGCCCCCAGAGGAAACCACCGCCACUAACAUCAGCCAGUUGAUAGAGUUGGACCUGCUCGCCGACAAAGACAAGAAGAAGAACGAUGAAGACUCUGAUGAAGAGGAGGAGGAGGCGCAAGGAGGCGACCAGGACCAAGAGGAGAGGAGGUGGAACAAAAGAACCCAGCAGAUGCUUCAUGGCCUACAGAGGGUGAUGGCCAAAACAGGUGCCCAGUCGGUCAGCUUGCUGGACCUGUGCAGGAACAACAACAGGAAGCAGGCGGCAGCCAAGUUCUACAGCUUCCUGGUUCUGAAGAAGCAGCAGGCGGUGGAGCUGGUCCAGGAGGAGCCUUACAGCGACAUCAUAGCUACACCUGGACCUCGCUUCCACAUCAUCUAGAAAACACUCAACUCUACAGGGAGAAAGAGGGAAGAAGAAAAAAAAAAAACUCUACUCUGUACUCCUUACAUUUGGUCAACACAACACUGUCUGCGUGUUAAGGUUUAUUUAUUAACUUCAGUUUGUUAACUUUGAUUUGGGUAUGAUGUGGAGUUUGGUUUUUGUGUCCCGGUGAUUUUUUU